AUGUCUCUAUGCCAACCUCUUCAACUUGGCCAUCGGAAAGAAGUCAUCGGAUUUACUGUCGAUCAUGGGAUAUGGCCUAAAUAUGAUUGGAGUAAAUUAACAACUUUAGUCCUAUUUCAAAAAACUAUCGACCUCAAGUUAGUGUGCCAUGCUCAUUCUAAAAAUGUACGGGUUGUCCUGGUUGCAGACUACCCUGUUAAAAAUCUUACCAAUCAACAUCAACGUUCGGAUUAUGUUAAAAGCAAUGUAGCCAAGGCGAAAAAAUAUUACUUAGAUGGUAUCAAUAUUGAUAUUGAACAACCAAUACUGAAGAACUCUGCGGAAAGCAAAGGUUUAAUAGCUCUUGUAAAGGAGAUGACGGAUUCGUUUCAUUCACAGAUACCUGGCUCUCAGGUCUCUAUUGAUGUUGCUUGGUCUCCGAAAUGUAUCGAUAAACGUUGCUAUGAUUACGCAAGCAUAGCAAAAGUGUCUGACUUUAUGGUUGUAAUGUCUUAUGAUGAGCGUAGUCAAGUUUAUGGUAGCUGUGUCGCUAGUGCUAAUUCACCCUUUAAUCAAACUUUUACGGGUGUACAACAGUACUUAGAUCUUGGGAUAACCGCAGACAAGUUAGUUUUAGGCCAGCCAUGGUAUGGUUAUGAUUAUAUUUGCCUAAAUGUAACGGCCGAUAACAUUUGCCAAAUUAAAAAAGUACCGUUUCGAGGAGCCCCUUGCAGCGAUGCAGCUGGAUUACAGCAUGGCUAUUCGAAAAUUCAAAUGCUUCUAUCUCACAAUGCAACAACGGAUAGAAUUUGGAACGGUACUCUUCGUGCACCGUUCUUUAAUUAUAAAUCAGCUAAGGAUCAUAAAAUACAUCAAAUUUGGUACGAUGAUCCUGAAAGCUUAAAGUUAAAGUAUGAAACUGCAAAACAUACUUUUAAGAUGCGCGGCUUAGCAUUUUGGACCGUCGAUUCUUUAGAUUACGGCAACUCUCCCAGUGCUAAGAAUCAAACUAAAGAAAUGUGGAACGCAAUUACUGUUUAA